UGUGUUCAAUAUUAUCUUUAACAAAUUCUCCAAUAAAUUCUAUCAGAUUACCACUUCUGGAUUUAUCCAAACUAAUAUUCUAGCAUACCCUUUGAAGUUGAAUUCUACAGCAAAUGUUCAUCAAACUAAUGUCUUUGUAUAAAUAAAGUUCAAUAAACUCUCAAACAUAACAAGAAAUAUAUCCUCCAAACAUAAAAUUAAGAUUUAGAGAGAAGUGUUGGUGCUUUGAACUAAACCUUCUCCAACCCGAUAAAACCUUUUGCUUAUAUGUCCUCUGACAGCCAUAACGGCACCUGGCUUGAUUACCUCUUAACUAAAGGUCUAACUAUUUCGAUCUGGAGCCUCAGCGCUUUCACAGAAUAGUCUUAACUUCGAGCCGAAUAAUCGUUGGCAUGUCCAGACGCGAACAGAAGCACCUAAGUCACAACCCAGAAUGAAGGUUUAGCAACUAUGGAGCCAACCUGCACCAUGUCGGCUGAACUUGAGCUUCAGUCAGAAAUAACAGAGAUUGUGCUUGUUCUGUUUAUUUCAUUUGAACAAAGUUGGGAUUCUAAUAUUCAGCAAUGGUUAUUUACUAUUUGACAUUCAAGAGUCUAGCAAUGAUCAGUUUGACAAAUCUCAUUAGAAUUCUGGUGAGCAUUUUAAGAUGCUAUUUGCGUGAUGUCUGGCAACUCCCUCGAACAUCACUCUAAUGUAAGCGUCAAGUGAGUUACAGCUUGAUUUGCACUUUCAUUUUAUGCUUUGGCAAUUCGAAAGUUGAAACUUUAUGAGUUAAUAUAAGAGUUUA